AUGAUAUUGUUGGUUUUAGUUUGGGGCCUAAUUCCCAAAGACCAAGCCGGAAGUGCGAAGUCUCAUCCAUUUACAGCUCUACUCGCCGCAAAUCGCACCCAUGCGCCCAAAUUAUAUACAUACACCAAUAAUAACCAGGGAUCUUUUUUCGUCUCGUUGCCCCGUGUCAACUUUCAAGACACGACCACGCCUGAGUCCAACAUUACCCGGCAGAAGUUAUUGCUAUGCACAUUACGUUACGCAGCCCGUGUAAGGUACCUAAUCCUUCUAUUGCUCUUUUUAUUGCUACUUGCGGUCUUUUCCGUACAUGAGCAUACUAUUCUCCGUAGCGACCGCAUAUCGUAG